AUGUGGAUCUUGGAAUAUCAGAAUACGCUGGCUAAUGGCCAAAUAUUGCAUGUAUCACGAUGUAUUAAACAGGCUACUAAUUAUUCAUUGGGGAGAUCUGGUAAAUGUAGCUUUCCAAUUAAGAAUGACAAAAGUAUAUCACGUAAUCACGUUUCAAUCGUAUGGGAAGGAACUACAUUGCAUAUUACAAAUACUGGGAAAGUUACCGCGAUAAAUGGUAAGUACCAAAAAGAACAGGAAUCAUUUUCCUGUGUUGUAACUGAUGAUAUUCCUUUACAAAAGAAAGAAAAUACUAUAUCAAAACAAAUCAAUAUAUCCCUAGGAAUUUCACCUAUUGAAAUCAAACUACUCUGGAUUCCAUUGAGAGUACUUAUACCGAGAAAUGUUGAUCUUCAAUUGCUUGAUAGUUUAGACGAAUAUGGAGUAAGAUGCAUAGAAGAACGCUCUUUAGAUUUAAAUUCAAUCAAUAAUAUAAAUUUGGUACUGUCCUCCGAUGAAUUGAUAGAUUGUAAAUAUUAUAGAGACCUGUUUGCUUACACGAAUGGAAUCUAUGAAGUACAGUUAACUGCACUAAAAAGUAUUGAGACUUGGAUGAAUGUUACUACUAUUAACUUCAUUGAGAAAUGGAAGGAUGAGAUGAAGUUUAAUAUACUUGGAAUAAUAAACAACAAUGAUGACAAUCUUAAAGAGAUACGAAAAGUCAUAGCUAAGGUGACUUUCAUUAUCAUUGGUGAAACGGAUGAAGCCAAGAAAAUAUACUUGGAAAAUUCAAUAAAGAUGUUGCAUGGAACAUCUAAAUUAUAUAAAAACAUUAAUGAUCUAAGAGAAAGUUUAGCGAAGGAAAGUCUUUCUGAGAAAAUUAUUAUAAUUUGCCCCACAGAUACAACAGAAUUGGAAACAUUAUCAUCAUUAAAAUUAAAUGUUACCACCACUAGAGAAUUUGUACAAUGUUUAAAAAAUACUACGUUUGAGACAUUGAUAAGCUCUUUCUUGCAUUUGAAAUUGGCAUUGGCCCCAGCUGAAAAUCCUAAAAGUCAGACAACUGCUUCCACAAUUAUAGAAAACGAUGGUAAAUCAUCAAAUAUACACCCUAUAGAUGAUCUACAAAGAGAUAAUCCGGCACCUACUAAAAGACGAAGAAUAGCACGUCCCAAAAUAAAACCCCUGAAUAGUCUUAGUUUCUUUGCAGGUGGAGGAGAAUUAUCCAGCGAUGCGCCAAAUACAACAAUAUUAGCUGGUAAUGAAACUGUACUGCCGUCAAUGAUAGAUGCCAUUCAUUCCAACCAUACUACUUCUCAUACUACAAAAGUAGAUGAAAAUAUUUCUGAGGAAUUUGUUAAAAAUAAAACUCAAAUUCCCAUAGACCAUAGUACACUACCAAAUAUUGUCCAAUCAGAUGAAGAGCAAUUAAACAUAGAAGCGAAUGAUGUGUAUUUUGAAAAUAAUAAGAAACUACCAAUUGAUAUUGAGGAUAAAAAUAUUGUUAUAGAUAUUCCAAAAGAUACUCCCAUGAAUGUUUUGAACCAAAACUGCUCUCACUCUGAAAAGGAUACAUCAUCCGCUUCAGUUUCAUUAGCUUCAAAACGUACUCUUAUGGAAAGACCUCGAACCCUAGUAGAUGUUAUUCAAGCAACAAAAUCUAAAGAGGUAGAAAGAUUGAAAACAGAUAUUGCUGAAGUGCGACCAGAGGAGUUAACAGAAGGUGCAAUAAAUGAGUUUGCAAAUUUGGAAAUUGAAGAGAACUCUUCGUUAGUAGUUAGACGUGAUAUGUCUCGUCCAGAGAGUACACCAGGUCCUUGGCAAGGUCGCAAGAAUUUUAAAAAGUUUAUUAAGGUUUGUCCUUCUUCAAGAAAUACCAAUGAUUCGAUAAAGAAUAACGCUUUUUUAAUUACUAGGAGUUAUAUUGUUACAAGGCCAUAUGAUAGCAUUUCUAAGAAACAAUUGGGCCCUAAUAUUGACGAUAGUUUUGAUGAAGUAAGAGAAAAUAACAGGGGAAAUAAUAGUUCCAUUGAUAGUACGAAGCAACCUAUUGAUUCUGACACAGAGCAGAAACCUAUCACAGAAAGAAAUGCCCCAGAGUCUAUUGUUUCUCAAAGUAAAAAAAUUGAGGAUAGUGAUUCAGAGGGUGAAUCUAAUUCUUUCAGUUUUUCAAGAGCCAACAUGGCCUCUAAUGGAUUGUUUGUAACAAAUGAAGAUGAGGAGGAUGAGAUAGAUGACAUAGAGGAUAUAGAGCCACAGGUUAAUAGUGAUAAGGUUACAGAACACAGUACACGUGUCAGGACUCAUGUAUCUUCAAGAGUUCAAAAUCUAGCAUCGACACACGAUAAUUCGGAUUCAGAUUCGGAUUCAGAUGACUCUGACGACGGACCUAACUUUAAAUUUAGACGAAUGGUAUAG